UUCAUAUAGUUAUGGCUAAUUAGAUGUUGAUUUACAAAAGCGUGGUUAAUUAACGUGUUAAUUGUGAAAUGCCACAAUGUCAUGUGGAACUUUGGACCAGCCUUGAAGUCCACUCUCUCCGCAACAAUCUGUCGCAUGGUAACUGCUCCAUCGGAACACGCCACAUACAGUUUUACAUACGGACGUCGCUUCUUCCACUUUAAUGAAGAUUAAUUGACAGCGGAUGCACAUGUGAUUCCGGCAAAGGCAAAGUGAAAGUGUAUGUGUUUUCAGUCAAGGAAAAGUUUAAUAAGUGAUCUAGUUGAGUGGACCAUUAUCUGGGACAGUUCAACUUUCCAUCACUGCUGUAAUUAAUAAUAGUUGAACUCAAAAAAGGAUCUGUCUCGCGAAAGAAACACUGUGUCGCAAACUUGAAGAUUAUUUGUUUCUAUUUGAAGUUAAUGUUCGAAACAUGGAAGGAAUGAACAAAAGAAUUUCUGAUGGACUCAAAAAAGCCACGGAGGAAUGUCUAAAGAGCAUCAAGCACCUGUACCCCAAGAGUUUCUGCAAUGCGUCAUUCGAUGGCUACAUCUGUUGGCCACCUACUUUACCGGGGAUGACCAUUAGUCGACCUUGCCCUUCCGUGGACGGUUUCACGUCAACUGGUCAAGCCUACAAGAGGUGUAACAGGAACGGCACAUGGUAUAGUCCACCGGGAAACGAACUCUCGGUCUGGACUAAUUACACCACCUGCGUCAUGCCCGACGAGCAAGAGGAGACAACUCCUUACAUCCCUACCGCGGCUGUACAGGAAGUCAGUAUAGAUGUCACCGUGCUUACUAACGACCUCCUCUUCUACUUCCUCAACUGCAUCGCCGCCCUCGCCCUCAUCAUCGCCAUCAUCAUAUUCGGAUGUUGUAUCAAGAAAUGGUCUCUACGCUAUCAGAUUCUCAUCCCGCUCUUCCUAUCAGCUCUGCUGAUCUCCCUUGUGUCCUUGACCUUCAACGUGAUGCAGUAUGUUGACGACCCGACACAAAGCGACCGUAGCUUAUCAGAAAACCCAACCUCUUGCAUUACAAUAACCUAUCUUAGAAGAUUCUCGGAACUUGCCACCUACUCUUGGUUGAUGGUUCUCGGAAUAAAUUACAUGAUCUGGCUAAGAAAAUGCAACCUCAAUAGGGGCCGUCUCCUUCUUUCCUUCUUUUUAGGAUUCGGACUUCCGGUAAUGCUAGCAUCCGCCUGGGUCGUGGCCGUCACCUUCUUCCUUCGUAGCAACCUGGCGUGCGUGCUGUACUAUCAGCUAGACACAACCCACUGGAUCACAGAUGCACCGAAGUUCCUCAUCAUCGCCAUUGCUCUGCUCAUGUUCUUCUUGUGUAUGUGGUGGGCAACUUGUCGUCCUCUUGUGGCCUAUGAGUGUACUGAGAUCCGUCUAGUGUUGCAGAGUGUGUGGAAGGUGGUGUUGCUGCUGCUGCUUCUUGCGGCGGCGGAAGUCUACCUUACCCUGUGCGCAUAUGGUAUCGUGGAGUCGGUCUCUAUCGCAGAGACCAUUGUGAAGGGAAUUCGGCCUCUUCUCAUCGCUGUAAUGCUGUGUUUCCUGGAUACGGAGACGUGGUGCUGCUGUUAUUACUAGAAGGACUGUCACCGGGGAACAUUCACAUUGGAGUGCUAAUGUGGAUUUCCGAAACUGGUUUGACGUUCUUAUGUGCAUUCAAAAAACAGAUCGUAUAGAAAACUGUGACUAUAAGCCUUCUAGUUUUCAAUAUGAUAAAACCACUUCAACAUUCUAUCGUAGCCGGAUCAUAUGUAAGUUUUGUUAUUAAUUAUGGUGUGAGAAUACAUGCUUAUUGUGCCCUACAUCUAUUAUGUCCACAUACCAUUCCCGUGCUCGUGGGUUUUACCAAAGUUGUAAACGCCGAAGACCUGCAUCAUUUUGGUCGUUCCUCCAACAACUACCUGACACGCCAGGAUAUAACUGAGAUAUUAUUCAAAGCGGUGUAAAACUCAGUCCUGAAUACGUGCUGUCAGGAAAUGAACACGUUAGGAAAGCAGAUGUUAUGGCUGAUAAUCCAUUAAUUGAAUGUCGGGUUGAUUUUUUUUUAAGAACGGCUUCACCCAUCGUGUUAAUCUGAAGCGUAGGAGAUCUCAGGUUAAAAGGAAACUAUGAUGGUCGGUGUCAUGAAAAGUGUACGUUGCAACAACAUCGUGGGGAACCGGUCUGUCAGCAAUUGUACCUCAUAAUAACAUACCCGGUGCAUCAUCUAUCGUUCAUUAGACUACCCGGUGGCUGUACAUGUAAUUGUAAUUGUGGAUGGGGGCACUGGAGGUGUGGGAACCUAAAUUCACCGCUCCUGUUUCAAUAUUUGAUAGUGAUUAACAUGGACAUGCUUAUGAUAUGGUCGGAAUCGUACAGUCGACUCUGGUUUUUAGUAGAUAUGUCUUGUGAUUAGGGAAAUGUUUUUUGUUGUUUUUGUUUUCAUUAUGCAGAUUAACUGAGUGUAGGGCCCCACCUCUCACCCAUUAUCUCCGACACAAGCGCUCACUCUCACAGACACGGUGUAGCCUGUCUCCUCCUGCCAGUUUCAGCUAUAUUAUCGUGACGGGUGGUGUACGUUGGACGGGUCCGAUGACAACUUCUUUUAUAGAGAUGUAAUCACGCUGGCUUUUAUUAACUACAAUGACAUCCCCUGUUGGUGCUGCACUGACUGGCUUCACCUGGGCCCACAUUGUGUCUUGUAUCUGAUCACCCAUCCAACAUGGCACUUACCUCGUCAGUUUUAAUAACAACCACUCAAACGGUUGUAUCUUUGAAGCAAAUGUAUUAAAAGUGGAAAGACCUCUGCUUCAUUGGUAUGUCUGAGCUUAUUAAGCCCUUAUCAGCUUCUUCUUUUUUCCUUUUAGACUGCAAAAUUAUAGAUUAUGAUGAAAUGCUAUAGCUGAUAGGGUGAGUGAGUUGGGUUAAAGCCGCUUUGAACAGUACUCCAGUUAUAUCACGGCGUGUCAGCUUCAUGUAGGAGGAAAGCCCGUAGAGAUUCAGGUCUCAGACGUUUACCACUUCGGUAAAAC